GUGCUGGAAAGGUAGAAUAUCGGUUUUGCUGUCCUUUCCCUACUAUUCGUCUUUUCCCACACAACACCGUGAACUGCUACGACGACAGGUGGUGGCCAAAGCACUUCUGCCAUUUGGAUUCGUGCUGCACUUUUUUUUUUGAACUGAAGUAUCGAAAUAGUUGAGUAGCCCACGCAUCGUCGCAUUUUGCUCUUUCAUUAUUUCGUCCUUGUCCGUAUUAUUAGUAAAGAAAAGAAAAAGAGUACCUCAAAAACAGUUCUUUCUGUUUUCCAAUAGCUGAACUCGUCGUUGCAUUGCAUACCGUAGUUGUAUUGAUAGUUAAUACGCGUUUUUUUUUUAGGCCCAGUUACAUCGCCCUCAGAGAGGAUUUCCCACAUUUACUUCUCUUUAUUUGCUUUGACUGAUUCGGAUCACAUAUUGUUUUAAUGCUGUUCCAUGCCGUUUCUAAAAAUAAAGUCUCCUCUUAAUCAAAAGCCUUUUCUUUUAUCUUGAAAUCGAGCGAACAAAGUAGAGCAACAACAAACCCUUCAUAAACGCCUGCGGCUUUCACGGUGAACACACCGCACGUACCUCUUCCGUGAGGUACCGAACGUUGCACAAGCUUUGUCGCGUCGUAAAUCGGUGCAGACGGUCCUCUCUUUUUUUUAUUCUUAGGUUCCUCACCUUUUUUUCUUGCUUUAAUUCUUUGUUGUGGUCUCGUUGCUCUUCUCCACCUCUUCUGCUCUUUUCUGAUCUGUUUUUGCUGUCUUCCUCCUUCUCGCCUCUUGUAAGGCCGUCGUAGUGUUUUUCGUUGCAACACAUCUACUACUAUUUUUUGUUUCUGCUCUUGUAGCUCUUUUGCACGUGCUGCCAACGAAGCAGAGAGCGCGUUUCUUUCCAUUCCUCUUUGCUCUUCUAACUUUUAACGCGGUCGAGUUGAGUUCUGCAGUCAUCCACGUGAGAGCGACGCACUCGCACACACACGUACAUUGAAGCCGAGUGUAUGUGUCCAUCUGCUGUACAUUUCCUUCUCACUUCUUUUUUUUGCUCCAUUACUUGCAGGUCUGUAUUCGUUUAAAAAAGCAGAAAGAAAGCGAAUUGAUGAAAUAAGGGCUGUUGAGUUUUUCAAACAUAUUCCCUCGUUUGCACGAUUUACCUGUGUGUAUUUUUUGGUUUGUUUUCUCCCCUUCUCAAUACGCUUGCACCGUUUCAGUAACUGAAUUGCUUAUCCGUUGUGACGGUCGUACCAAUAAAAUCUGGCUAACGCCGACCGUAAGGACCGCUUCGAAGUGCAUCCGAGGAGGCACUUCAUCACUUUCUCGAAGAGAAGAGGACUUUUUUCUGGUGUUUACGUGAAAGAGCGUCUCAUAUAUAUAUAUUCUGUUUCCUUUCUUAUACCCUUAUUGAGUAUGCGUAUGAACUAAACUUUGAACUAAUAAUUAAAAACAAAGACGUUUUUUUUUGCGGUUCUCGCAGCUCCUUGGAUUGAGACCGGUACUGCCGUUGCCGAAAGGUUGCAACUCAGAAAACUGUUCGACAUCAACGGUCGAUACAAGAUUCUUCUCCUCUCUUCGUGCUGUGAUCCACGGUGACAGCAGCGCACUCAGGCUUUUCACGGUUGCUGGAGGCGCAGCCGAGACGGACACCACAGGGCCGUGGCACUCCAUUCCGGAGAAAGAAAUCAUCAUCAACAACACGACAAGUAAAGUCCUUUGUAAUGACUGGUGGCAUGCCGCUUCCGCCGCCGCACAGCGCUUCAGCCAAAUCGCACCUGCCCGAGAUUCGCGCGGUCGUGCUGGGUGACGGCUGCGUCGGCAAGACAUCCCUCCUCCGCCAGUACCUCGACCAUGAGGGCCUCUCCUCUUCCUCCGAGUACGAGCCAACCCUUCUAGACUCCUACACGCAAAUCGAGUACUGCGGCAGACAGCCGUACCGGGUGUAUUUUACGGACUGCAGCAGCGCGCCAGAGUUUUCGGAGCAUCGUGCGGCCUACCUCGCCAAGUGCGACGUGGUCAUUUUGGUGUUCUCCGCACUGCACCGCAAAACACUGUUGAACCUCCGGACGUGGAUGAAGGAGGUGGUGAAGGCGCGCACUUCGACCGGCCCCGUCCGCUUUGCCUCCACCGCGGGCGACUUCAGCGAAGUCCCCAUCUUUGUGGUGGGGACGCACCACGCCGAGAAGCACGCGGCGGCGGCACAGAAGUCGGUGCCCCUCUCCGAGGCAGAGUCCAUCACAAUGGAGUGUCUGCACUUGGCGGGGUACUUCGUGAACGAGGAGGACGCGGAAAGCGAGGAAGGGCUGCAUCUGCAGCGGGCGGCGAUGCUGAAGAAGGAGGGGAAGUUGUCCAAGAAGAAGCAGUCCCCAUACGGCUUUCACAAUUUCUUUGCGAACUUGUUUAGAAGUGGUGCGGUGGACUACAACGACGACGACGACGAUCGCCGUGGAAAACCGUGCAAAUCGAAGUCAAGCGAUAAAGCAGCCAAGAAGAGCAAGAAGGAAAACGAAGCCAAGGACGCUCAUCGCUCUUCCUCGCAUUCCCGCACCGUCUCUCAGCUGCACACCCCGUGCGCGUCCUCUGCAGAAAAGCCGCCCAGAUUGGCAGAGCCGACUAGUGAAGGCGUGACGCCAUCCGACGGCAGCCCAUUGCUAGCGUUGCCGCCCGGCGCGUCGACGUAUCUUCCAUUGUACAUGCUGUCCAACGCGGAUGGCGAGGCAGUGAGCACGGCGGUGCGUGCGUCUCUGGCCCUGCACUUGUGGCUUAAGCAGCCGGACGACUCGGACGAGGUGACACCGCUGACGAGCCCGUGCGCGCGGAACUCCGCUGUGCUCGUGCUCGACAACCCGAUCAGCACCGUCGGAAGCGGGCAAACGCGGUCCACGCCGCCGGCAGAGUCAGCCGGCCUGCCGCCGCAGCACGGGCGCACAGUUUCGGUCGUGUCCCACACCUCCCACAUGAGCGAGCGCUCCGCCGCUGCGUCGUUUAUUCCCUCGAUGCACGCCCUGUACGGCUCCGUGGCGUCUCUCGGCGCCUUUGAAACUUCGUUUCGUCACAGCCGUGCGGCGUCUUCGGGUCCGCUGACGGAGGGCAGCUCGCCCUCUGGGACGGGGCAGCCAGCGCAAGUUUUGGUCGCGGUAGGCGAAUCCACGCCGCAGACUGCAAGCUCCCCCGGCCUCGAGGGCAGGACCACCACGGAGCCGUACCCAAACUUUUCGCUGAACGGGCUGCGUAACAAAAAAGGUCCACUGAAGAAGCCGGUGUGGUGCUCGCCGACAGUCAUCUCUCCCACUCGUGCCGAGGAGCUGAAUGCUGGCGCAACGCCCAACAUCGAGAGUGUCCCUCCUGGGCGUUUACCGGCAUCACUAGAAGCCCCACAAAAAGACGUGACACCACUGCAAGAUGGGCAGCUCGUACACGCCAACGCCUCCAUCCACGUCUCCUCCCUGCCAAACCCGCGACAAGCCACGGCGCCGAAUACCGCGACUAAAAUAGGAAUCACCGAGCGUGCCUGUGAAGUUCCCCCCUCCAUCCCGACUGACGAUUACUCGGCAUUGUCCGGUAACGCAGGGAGUAGCAGCGUCCACCCGCUGCCGACGUGGGCGACCGCCGACACGCCCGUCCCGCGUGGUAGCCGCGGCAAGGCCGAUACAACGGGCGACUUGCCGGAUCGCGUGUGGAGGGACGUCGACGCGGAGGGGCACGUGGAUGCCGCCACAGACGCCCGCGACACGGCGUGCACUGCGGACUCGGUGGUGAAGAAGCUGGCGCUGGAGCGCGAAGCCAAGAGUCUCGCGGCAUCGCCCACCACGGCGCCGCAGAAGCCGCCGGUGAAAUCGGCCGGUGCCUCGCCGGCGAACAAUUCCCUGCGGCAGUCCCCAGCCGCCUCCGAACCGAUCGCCAUGUCGCGUCACCGCCGCACGUCUUCCGAGUCGUCCAUCUCCACCCUGUGCAGCCCCAGCGCCUCGCCGCUGUCGGGCGAGCUGACCCACACUCACUCUCGCGCGCCGUCGCUCGCGUCGCCUUCGCAGCCGCAGGGGGUGAGUCGUUCCCAAACGUGCCCACCACUGCGUGAGGAGGAGGAGCUUGCAAAGAGCGGCUCUAUGGUACCGUUGAACGGGCCAUCACGCGCCGGCACGAAGAGGGAUGCGCAACAGAAACAGAGCACGAAGCAGUGCACCACCGACGGCUGCACUGUCAUGUAA